GAAGACUGCAUCACCCACAGUUCUCUGCGCUUGUGAGUGACGUCACCAAGAGCCCGGACCCGGCGUACCUCAGAGCGGUGUGCAUUUAAGAAACGACCAUUGACUUUUACAGACGUUUUGGCGACGGCUGUGACGUUUUUCUGGACACUGACGCGGGUGCUUGGUAGCGAUGACGCUGCCGCUGCUGUGCGUUGGAGGAAGAGGAAGGAGGUGAUGAUGAUUACGAGCACUUAGCUCCCUGUCCGCCUGGCCGACGGACCCACCGACCGACCCGACCGGUUACAGCCCGCAAGUCGUGAAGUGUCACCGCUCAACCAGAGCAGAAUUUCGCAUAGAAACGCCAAGAUGCCCCGGAGAAAACAAUCCAACCCACAGCCGGUGAAGUUUGAAUCUGGGGAUGGAGCGGUUGUGUGUGAACCCAGCUGCCUAGUUUUGGAAAGCGACUUCCUUUUGAGUGGAGAGCUGGAGUUUGAAGAUUCAGAAAUUUUGGGGUUGGAUAGAGAGUCUGGUAUGACUGUCUUCUCUCUGAGCGUGGAGGACGACUCUUCAGCAUUAACAGAAGUCCAGUCCUGUAAAGGAUGUGGUCAGCUUCUAGGAGACACACCUCUGGGUGCAGGCUUGGAUCUGGGUAUGGGCUUGGACCUGCGGGCAGAACUGUAUUGUCUGAAUUGCGAGGAAAGCCUACAGCAUGCAGCCAUGGAUUCCUCUGAGGUUCAGGAGACAAACAUGUCGCACAGAUCCACCAGUAAAGUCUCCAGCAGUAAGAGAAGAAGCCUGGUUAAGACUGCUGAAGCUGGACACGUGUCACCUAAAUUGUUCUCAUGCUCGCUGUGCGCCUUCACGUCACACUACUCCAACCACUUGAAGCGCCACAUGAGGACCCACGAUGGUCAGAAACCGUACCGCUGCCCCGUCUGCCCAUACGCCUCGGCCCAGCUCGUCAACCUGCAGCGCCACACCCGCACCCACACUGGGGAGAAGCCGUACGGCUGCCACCAAUGCAGCUACGCCUGCAGCUCUCUGGGCAACCUGAGGAGACACCAGCGCAUGCACACAGGGGAGCGGCCACAGCAGAGGGAAAAGAGGCAGGGGAGACGCAAAGCCUUAAAUGCUGAGCUCAAAGAAGAUUUGACCAUACACGUCUCCCAGGACUCCACUUACCUCCAGACUCUUGGGGGUCUCUGCUCUCCCGCCGCCCCACUGCCCAUUCUCCUCUUUCCCCUGUGCUGCCGGGUGUGUGGCCUCACGCUGGAGGAGGCCGACCUAGAAGAAGACAAGACCAAGGAUGAAGGGGAGGCCGAGGCUGACGGAGGACAGGUGUGUCGGCGCUGUUCCUUGGGCCUGCUGUCCAAAGACGCCUCCAGGUCUCCCUACAGACAGACUGCGUCUCGGAGAUCCCGACGAGGCCAACGGGGUACCAAGCGAUACAGCUGCUCCCUCUGCCCCUUCCUGUCCCACUACCCCAACCACCUGGCCCGUCACGCCCACACUCACUCAGAGGAGAAACCUCAUCGCUGCCCACACUGCCCUUACACCUCCUCGCAUCUUGACAACCUCAAGCGGCACUUGCGCGUGCACACAGGGGAGAAGCCGUACCAGUGCCCCUCAUGCAGCUACGCCUGUGGAAAUCUGGCCAACCUGCGACGCCACGAGCGCAUCCACUCUGGUGCCAAGCCGUUCCACUGCGGCAUCUGCAGCUACUCCUGCAACCAGAGCAUGAACUUAAAGAGGCACAUGCUGCGACACACAGGAGAGAAGCCAUAUGCCUGCAAUGAGUGCAGCUACACUACGGGCCACUGGGACAACUACAAACGCCACCAGAGGAAACACGGACACAACACGGACAGUUGGGACAAGCACUCGCACAUCAGUGGCCUCCGGUGGAGCAACGGCACCGAUAAGAGUCAGGAGGAGGAGGAGGAGAACAUUUAAACCAAGACAUGUAUGUCAGGUUUAUGCAGUUCACAAAUGGCCAUUAAAUGCAGCCUUUGUUUUAUGGCUCAAGGAAGGUUCUGGUUCACUGACAAUCAUGAGAAUCAGCAAUUUGACUAAUGGUGUCGACACUAAACUGUGGCUGCUAGCCCGUGCCCUGUUACCCACAAAUGAAAAGGGAAGAUGUGAUGUUAUGUGAUGUCAGAAUGAAACCUGUGUGUGUCUGUGUGUCUGUUUGUACUUGCACUUGCAUCAAAGUGAGGCCCAAAAAGUGUAUUUUCAUACCAAAGUGAGGACAUUUCGGACGUUCAUCACUUCUUUGAAGGUUUGGGGGUUAAGAUGUGAUUUUAGGGCUGAGGUUAGAAUGAGUGUUGGUUUGGAUUAGAGAAGGGUUAGACGUCUGCCUUUAGUUGUGAUGGUUAGGGGUAGGGAAGGCAUUAUGUCAAUAGAGGUCACUUCAAUGUAAGUUCAAGGGUGCUUGCGUGCGUCUGUGUGUUCACCGUCAGCUCCAGCUCAGCUUGGAGCCAAACUCAGGUGCCUUAAUGCUGCGCUGACGUUUUAAUGGGGCAUUAGCGUGGUUGCAGUAAAUACAGUUCACAUAUUCAUUAAAUGUUAUUUUCCUCUACAGAUGAUCUAUAUUUGUUACUGUUUGUGUUUAUGGACUACAGUAUGUUCUGAGUCUGGGUGUUGGGGAUUGUAGCACGUUUCCUCUGCAGCUGUUGAACUAAACUACUAACAUUGAAGAAGCUCUGCAUUUUUGUUGUCUGAACAUCUGCACCAUCAAUCAAUCCAUCACUACUUGGUGAUUGUUCAGGACAAAGCACAUUAAAUCACAUCCCUCACAACAGAAACUGGAAUCUUUUAAUCAUCAGGGCAGUUUUAUAAAGUUUUUUUCAGUAUAAACCAUAAUAGCUGUAACAAUGACAAUGAGAUUUUUUUCCCUGAAGAAUUAAACAUUUCACUAAUAAUAAUAAUACUGUGACUUAAUCUGAAUCAACAUAUGGUGAAUAAUUUGUAAAAGAUCAGAUUAUACAUUUAAAAAUGAUUUUGGUGACAGAAAUAAAGAAUUUACAUUUAAUUCUCAGUUACAGUUUCACUGUUAAAGUGUGUUGGCUGUUGAUUUUUUUUAAAGAUUUUUUUUAAUAGCAGAUGUUGCCUGUUCAAAGGUUUCAAUCUUUAGUUUACAAUUUUUCUUUUUCUUUUUUUUUUAGUUUUACAAUUCUGAUUUAGCCAAAAUGAGAAGUUACUGGAAUAAACAACGUGCUGCUUAUGUUCAGGACGUUA